AUGGAGACCCCCGUCGCCGCUGAUAUUGCCGACGAUGAGCCGGUCCAGCCCGCGGAUGUUCUGUACGAGAUUCUGCUGCGCGUCCCGGCCAAGCCGCUCUGCCGCUUCCGCGCGGUCUGCCCCUCGUGGCGGUCCCUCCUCUGCGACCCGACCUUCAUCGCCGCCCACGCGGCCCGCCACCCAGGCCCGCUCAUUGUCGUGGCCAUGGAAGACACCUACAAGGACGUCAAGAUCAUGGACAUAUCCGGGAACGUCGUCAAGCGGUUAAAAAGCGCGCAGCAGUGCCCAACGGACAUUAUGUGGACGCACCGCGACCUGGUGUGCCUCCUAGGCGAUGAUGGGCACCACCGCGUGCUCGACCCGGCCACCGGCGUCACCUCUUUCUUGCCCCCUCGACCUAUUCGGGCAGCGACGCAGACGACAAUGUACGUAGUCGGCUGGUCCGCCGCCGCGGGAAAGUACAAGGCCCUGACCGUCGGCGUGACGGGUGGCAAGCAGGUCUGCCUUGUCGUCACCCUCGGAGGCGACCAUGGGUGGGGGUGGAGGGAGAGAGGAAGCCCUCCAGCCAUGGUCGAAUUGAGCAGAGGCGGGAAAGUGGCCGUCGUUAGGGGGGUCGCCUACUUUUUGACGAUGUUCCCCAAAGCCAUGGUAGAUGGAUUUCACGAUUGGAUCGUCGCGUUCGACCUCGAGGCGGAGGCAUGGUGGCCAGCUUCCAUCCGGAGCCCAAUGGUACCGCAAGACGAGCCGAGCCACGAAUUCUACGUCAACUUGGUCGAGGUGAAUGGUCAUCUGGUGGCGUCUAUCAAUAAGCCUGGCCGCAGUACCCGCGUAGUAGAGUUGUGGUUUUUCAUGGACCCCCACAAACCUCUUUGGACCAAGCGAUAUACCAUCACCCUGCCAACCGCUAUAUAUGUCUACGAGUCCUUCGGAAAGCCAUUGCAUGUGCUGGAAGACGGCAAGAUCGUCAUUUGGAUCUGGAAAUAUCACCCCAAAUACUGCGGGGUACCGCGGGUGUACGAUCCACUUACGGAAACAUUCACGGAUGGGGCAGCAACAAGAGUUGGCCAUGCUGUAGGAGGCGUGUACACAGGUUCCCUGUUGCGUACCGUAGGCGCCCUAGUGUAG